AUGUCUAAUAGUUCCACCCUCAAGAAAAGAAAGGGUAAUGAAGAUGGAAUAUCCAAGGAUAAGCGGGUCAAGAGUGCUGGCGGUUACACUUAUCAACCUUGGAAGAUGGAUCUGCCCGCAUCUAUAUGGCCUGAGGACAGCCACCUAUGGAUUGUAAAAAAUGAUGGUGGCUCAAGUCUCAUUUUCCCGCAAGCCUCACAGUCCCUGGAAAACAGUGAGAACAAAUUGGCAGCAAGGGUGGGUGAGGCGUUUGGUGCGGCCGCCGGUAGGCCUUUUGCUAAGGAAAAUCUUGGGCGAGCGAAAAGGUGGCUUCACUUUCGAGGCCUAGUCAUAUCCGAGACCACCACCGAAAGCGAGCCGACUCUGGCACAACAGAUUGUGCAGAAUCUCAGAAGCGAAAUUCCUCACGGAUUUUGCCUCUGCAUGUCUGAUGGGAAUACUGUCGCUCCAAAGGGAUUGCUUUUGCUUGCAGCCAUCGCCCACUACUAUGCUAUCAGGAUCACUAUUUUCUCUACACGCAGCAAGCCUAUCGAAAUUGUCCCAGCCACAGAUAGGUUCUGCUAUACAGCUGCACUUUUGCGCCAUCAAGAUUCCAUUUUAUCUGUGGGAGGAUGGUACCCACUUGAGCUGGCCAAGAACUGGGUCAAGCGGGCACCCACAACAUGCACAAGUCACACAACAAUGGUUUCUCCCCCUGCAAUAAAAAGACCAGAAGGUGCAGCUCCAAAAAAGAAACCCCAAGCAAAUUAUAAAUCAAUUAGUGAUGACUUACUAAAAGAUUUGCUAUCCAAUAUAAUGAAAGAGCGUCUUCGAGGAGAGUAUAGGAAGCUGGGACAAAAUCCCACGCAAGAGAAACUGGAAUGUUUCAAGGAAAAAAAGCUUGGUCAAAAGUCCUUACCCAGGGGCAUUGUCGGAAGGCUGCUCGAAAGACUCGGAGAAGAAAUAGACACGAGUGGCAUGGACACGCUUGGUUUGACAAAACGUCUCAGCAACAUUAACGGCUUUGACAAGAUGAUGGAGGGAUGUAGUAGAAGAAUGGGCUCACACGAGCAAGAUAGUGAAGACAAGGAUAAUAACCACCGUACUAUUACGACCACCUUACGGCAGAUUGUACGAGAUGAACUCAACUUGGUUGAUGUUGAACAGCAGUUGAUUCUCGAACAAAAAUCCAACCACCAAGUGUUUGAAGCAUUUUGCCAUAUUAUUCAAGAGGCCACCAAUAUGGUCAUUUCGGGCAAGAUUUACUCAAUUGUUGGUAGUCCGGACAGCGAACUUUGUAACUUGUCAAAUGCUUUUCCUGAAGAUUAUGAAUUUGGAGUGCAUGCUUCAUCAGCCAGCAUAGCUCCAAUCUCGGAAAAUGCUUCUACCUUGAUUGAAGCAGGCUUUUUUUCAUUUAGUCAUUUUCAGAACUUGUAUUAUGGCUGCAUUGGAGGAAAAACACGAAAAGAAUCUGAACUCUUUGCUCAGAUUAGAAAAGAAAUUAAUUCAAAAAAUUUAGUAGAUCUCUCGGCCAUUCCCAAUCCGACAGGGAACCAUGCGAUCCGCCAAGCGACUUUGAAGGAGUUCUAUACAUCCACUGAUGAAACGCCAUCAACAAGCCAAGCAACAGAAAGCCAAGGCGAAGCAGAAAAAUGA